ACUGUGGGACUAUCGCUGUGGAGAUGUAUGUUCACCGUUACAUACCGACAUAUUCGUCUUGUUCCCAUGGAUAACGGGAUCUGCGUGGGACGCAUUUAGGAUUAUUUUGGCUACUGAUUAUAAGAGGACACGCUUAAAGGAUCUGGAAACGAAAACUUGGAUGAUGUCUCGAAAUGCCAAAAUUAACUACGUCUGUCUUCCUCAGCUUACCAGUGUGAACUUCUGCCUCGGUUUGAUUAGUGGUUUGUUGAUUGGUGUUGUGCUUCUCAGUCUAUCCUCACUUAAUUACCCGACAAUGGUGGGUAGUUACGUCACUUUUGACAGUUUCCGGUUUGUCGACAAGAAUAAAACAUCAGAGUUUGGAAUUAAUGCUACCGGAGCCACAGCGGAUACGGGACAAACACAAAAACCAGAACAGGAGGACAAGUAUGGGACGUAUACGAAUCGACCCAAACAGGAAACUUGGAGCGGGGCUUUAGUUGAUGACUCUGCUUUCCAUAAAGAUAAGGACGAAAUUGCAAGAGACUUAAAACGGAAUAUUCGAGUUUUGUGCAUGAUAAUGACAAGUUCAAAGGCCUUGGAUACCAAAGCAACGAAUGUGAAAAAUACGUGGGCAAAACGAUGCAACGUGGUGGUUUAUAUCAGCUCAACAACAAACACAACUUUCCCAACUGUGGGCUUCGAUAUUCCGGAAGGGCGGGAACAUCUUACUGCAAAAACGAUGACAGCUUUCAGGUACAUAUUUGAGAAACAUUUUAACGAGGCAGACUGGUUUAUAAAAAUAGACGACGAUUCCUUUGUGAUUUUAGAAAACCUUCGAUAUUUCUUGUCAUCCCAUUCACCUAACGACGCCGUAUAUUUUGGACAUAGUUUUAAAUCCAUUGUGAAACAGGGAUUCUAUUGCGCAGGAGGGGGACAUGUACUGAGUAAAGAGGCACUACGCCGCUUAGCGAUGAAUGGUGUAACAUAUAGUAGUUGCCAAUACGGAGCCGAAGUAGAUGUUGAAUUAGGGAAAUGCAUGGAGUAUCUGGGCGUUGAGACUGCUGACUCUACAGACAGACUAGGACGCAGCAGAUUCCAUUGUUUUGAUCUGGAGAAACAGUUAUCCGGAGAAUAUCCGGGGUGGUACUACCAAUACGACGUCAAUGGAGCAAAGCAGGGUAUGGAGAGUAUUAGUGACUACGCCAUAUCGUUUCAUGUCGUACCACCGCUGAAGAUAAACAUGUAUAAAUUCGAGUUUUACGUCUACCAUCUGCGGCCAUAUGGUAUUGACAGCGGUCAUCAGUCCCUGAAUGUCCCACACACUCACUUGUAA